CACCAAGCUAUUAGGCGGCAUCGCGUUCCCAAAUAUCCCUCAUCCGCCUCGCUCUCUCUUGGCUCACGGCCUUGGGUUUCGACCUUAGCAGUGUCGCCUCCUUUCCGCCUCUUCGAUUUCCUCUUCCCCCCAGUUUAAAAUUCUCUUCCGCGUCUACGAUCAAAUCAAGCGCGCGAGGGAGGUGGGAAGGAACAGAAAGAGACCGAUCGGGGAGGAGAGAAGAAGGCGGAGUGAUCGGGCGACGGAGAGCGAUGGAGGGGGAGGAGCUCGCGGCGGGGCUAGAAGGGCCGGUGACGUGCGCGGCGUGGAUCCGGCGGCCGGAGAACCGGCUCCUGGUGAUCAUGGGGAGGGCGAGGAGCGGCUCCGCCCCUCCCUUGCUUGAGAUUUUCUCCUUUGAUGCCAAGAUUUCUUCCCUCUCCCCUUCUUCUUUGGCUAAGUUUUUGAUCAGGGAAGAGGGCGCGGAUCCCCUGGGCUUCGCGGUGCACCCUAGUGGAGAUGAAAUCGUCUGCUCUACUGCCAACGGAUGCAAAUUGUUUGAGUUGAAUAGUCAAGAUAUAGACAUAAAGCUUCUGGCGAAAGAUCUUCCGCCUCUUCAGUCUGUUGGUCCUCAGAAAUGUCUGGCUUUUAGCACAGAUGGUUCAAAAUUUGCUACUGGUGGGAUGGAUGGGCAUCUCAGAAUAUUACAGUGGCCAAGCCUGCAAGUUCUCUUGGACGAACCAAGAGCUCAUAAAUCAUUCCGAGAUAUGGAUAUCAGCUUAGACUCAGAGUUUUUAGUGUCAACAUCUAUUGAUGGUUCUGCAAGAGUGUGGAAGAUAAAUGAUGGUGUUCCUUUGGUCUCUUUGACUCGUACCUCGGAUGAGAAGAUUGAAUGUUGUCGAUUUUCCAGGGAUGGGACAAAGCCUUUUCUAUUUUGCACUGUUCAAAAAGGUGGUAAGGUGGUGACUGCUGUGUGGGAUAUCAGCACAUGGAAUAGAAUUGGAUACAAAAGACUACUAAGAAAACCUACCUCUGUACUUUCAAUUAGCUUGGAUGGGAAGUACCUUGCGCUAGGUAGCCAUGAUGGCGAUAUUUGUGUAGUUGAUGUGAAAAAGAUGGAGAUUUGUCACUGGAGCAAAAAACUUCACCUGGGCACGUGCAUUUCCUCAAUUGAGUUUUGUCCUACAGAAAGAGUUGUGAUUUCGACUUCAAAUCAAUGGGGAGCUGUAGCUACGAAACUCAGUGUACCUUCUGACUGGAAAGAGUGGCAGAUUUACUUGCUACUUUUGGGUCUUUUCUUGGCCUCAGCAGUUCUGUUUUAUAUAAUUUAUGAAAACUCCGAUUCAUUCUGGAACUUCCCUCUUGGAAGAAAUCAACCUGCAAGGCCAUUGAUGGAAGGUUUUGUCAGGGAUCCUCAGAUUUCAGAUGAUCAAAGCCCAUGGUAAGGAGCUUGUGGUCAUGUUCUUCUGGAGGCAUCGCCGUUCUCUUGAUGCUCCUGACCGACAUUGCAACAUAGCUUGGUGUGCUACGGGAAUUCUGUUUGCUUUACUGAUUUGUUUAAAUUAUGCUCAUAUAUUUGAGUUCUAAAGCUUCUUGUCUGAUAUCUCUGAAGCGAAUUUGUAAUAGGGUCAAUCCAUUGUCAGAGGACUAGUUUGUAAAGUUUUCACUUAUCCAUCACAUAUGACUAAAAGAUAAAACAGAAGUUGGUAUAUAAA